AUGUCCAGCCUUCCUCCAGUACUCUAUCACUAUUUCUCCACACCUCUUCCAUACGCACGGACAUUAGCUUUGCAAGAACAACUUCAUGCCAUCCAGCUACAGCAUCGGCGCUCCUCCGGAACACAUCGAGACAUUCUACUCCUGCUACAGCACCGCCCAGUGUAUACUGCGGGACGACGCCAAGUUUCCACAUCUCCUGAGGUGGAAGUCGAGGCAAAACGUCUCCGAGGUAUAGGGGCCGACUUCGUCAACACUCUGCGGGGUGGAGAGACCACGUAUCACGGUCCCGGUCAAAUCGUUGGGUAUCCACUCUUGGAUCUUGGGAGAUGGUCACCACCGAUGGGUAUUCGAUCGUACAUCUGCAAUAUGCAGAAGAUGCUGCAGACACACUUGUUGGAAGCGCACGGUAUUCGCUACAUUUCGAGCGAGCAUACUGGCGUGUUCUUGGAUGAACAGACAAAGAUUGCCAGCAUUGGAGUGCAGGUCAGACACAGGUUUACGAGCCACGGGUUCUCCAUGAAUAUCACACGGGAGCCAUUAGCCUGGUUCGACAGAGUGGUUGCGUGUGGAUUAGCUGAUGUGAAGGCCGGAUGCAUCGCGGACGCCGUCAAGAAGGAUAGUUCGACGAUCACCGUUGAAGGGGAGAUAGAGGGCUUGGUAGAACGGUUUGGGAGAGUGUUCCAGCGGGAGAUGAUAAAGAUGGAUGUGAACCUUGCAGGAAUUGAUUUGAUGGGCGCUAUACGGGCAGUGGAAGAGGAUGCGGAGGGCGCAGGGGGCUGGUUGGCAGGACCGGCGCGAUGA